CUGUUUCCACUUCACCGUCGCGCACCCUCCAUCAGACCGAGUUGCCUUUGUCGUACUCGGCAUCAAAUGAUCUGUCAAGUACCCGGCAAGCCAAAUUGACGUGUAGAGGUACAUCCCCGUGCCACCUGGACCCGCGGACAGGUGCAUUUCCCACUGCCGGAUUUCAUAUGCACUGGACCCGUCAAGUAACCAAACCACGUCUUGACAUCUUCACCGCUGCGAAGCAGGCAAUUACCGCCAGUCCCUAUGCAUUCGGACCAGUCGCCGCCAUGUCGACCGCUACAAAGCCCUCAGCGCUGACCUUUGAUCUCAAGGCCCGGUGUUCGACAUCCAAGGCCCGUGCCUCGACUCUGCAUUUGCCUCAUGGCCCAGUGGACCUUCCGAUUUUCAUGCCAGUGGCCACCCAGGCAUCCCUCAAAGGACUGACCCCCGAACAAUUGGAAGAGACUGGUUGCAGAUUGUGCCUGAACAAUACAUACCACUUGGGAUUGAAACCUGGCCAGGCGGUGCUUGACGCCAUUGGCGGUGCCCAUAAAUUGCAAGGAUGGAACUACAAUAUCCUGACUGACAGCGGCGGUUUUCAAAUGGUUUCAUUGCUCAAGUUGGCAAAGAUCACGGAGGAAGGCGUGCGAUUCCUCAGUCCCCACGAUGGUAGCCCAAUGCUCCUUACUCCCGAGCACUCCAUGUCCCUUCAGAACUCCAUCGGCUCAGAUAUAAUGAUGCAGCUCGACGAUGUGAUUCAGACGACAUCGCCCGAUCAUGCCCGUAUGAAGGAGGCCAUGGAACGCUCCAUCCGUUGGCUCGACAGGUGCAUCGCUUCGCACAAGAACCCCAGCACGCAGAACCUCUUUUGCAUCAUCCAGGGUGGCCUCGAUCUGGACAUGAGGCGGCAAUGCUGCGAAGAAAUGGUCAAGAGAGAUACUCCUGGCAUAGCCAUUGGUGGUCUGUCCGGCGGAGAAGCAAAGGCGGAUUUUUGCAAAGUGUAUAGAAGCUUCCAUUCUCUUGUUUCUGCCUUUGGUUGUCUGGACGCUUACUCUUUGGGCAGUGUUGAUACAUGCACCGGUCUACUACCUGAGAAUAAGCCGAGAUAUGUAAUGGGUAUUGGCUACCCAGAGGAUAUAGUCGUCGCAGUGGCUCUUGGAGCAGAUAUGUUUGAUUGUGUGUGGCCAACACGAACUGCGCGCUUUGGCAAUGCGAUCACUUCCAGCGGCGUCCUGAACCUCAAAAAUGCUCGAUAUGCUGAGGACUUCGGUCCCGUCGAGCAAGGCUGUACCUGCACUUGCUGUCGUCCCAAAGAAGAAGGCGGAUUGGCCAUCACCAGAGCGUAUAUCUACCACCUCGCAGCGAAGGAGACUGUGGGGGCUCACUUAUUGACGAUGCAUAAUGUACACCACUUGCUUUCACUAAUGCGACGGAUCAGAACGGCCAUCAUUGACGACCAGUAUGCUUCAUUCUGCAAGCAAUUCUUUGCAAAGUAUUUUGACGGUCAGCCUCCGCCGAUAUGGGCUGUCGAUGCUCUUAAAGGAGUGGGCAUUGAGAUAUGAUCACGUUGUAGACCCUGGUAGAGAUUGACAUUGUGAGGACCAAGGAGUGUGGAAUCCUAGCUUCGGGUGGGUAAGCACCUUAGACCUCAACGCUCUCCGGAUGGAGGAUCAUUUUGGUUCUUCUUUUUGAGCCUGAAAUGCCCCAACCCGGCAACAAAGUCAUCUCUAUUCUAUGGGUGAAACCCACCAAAUGAAGACAACGAUCAUGCUCGGGCAAGACAUUUUGUUUUGACCGGGCAGUAAAACAAGGCCGGAAAGUGCUCAUCGGCAUGGUGAAAUUUACCGGUCUCCUAGUUCUACCCUAUAAAUCUCUAUCAGGCAUUGGCAUAACUAUCUAAAAUAAUAUGGUCAGAGACACCCCUCCCACUCUGGACUGAAACAAAACCCCAACCUCACACGACAAUUCAGAUCCUUGACUGUUCCUCCGGCUUCCCCUUGCCGUUGACCUGAAGCUUCUUUUCGAGCUCCCUUUGGAAACUGGCAUCCAACGCCUUGACGAGGGCAUAGAUUCCCCGCAGCAGCGGUGUCUGCACGCCCCUUUCCUCGGCCAAUCGGACGGCGUUGCCGACGAUGGCGUCGACCUCCAUCCUCGCGCCGACCUUGGCGUCCGCGAGCAUGGAG